AUGUCCCUGCGUCACCCAGAAGUGACUAUGGCGGCUCGGUCCCGUCGAGGUGGAGUUCAAACUAAUUCUGGUCCAUCCCCCCCCCGGUUCUCCAUCAAGGCCUGUGAUUCCGUGUCCCCCACCUGCUCCUUCUCCUGGCCUCUGACGGAACUGCUCCAGGCUACGGGUAACUUCUCCGACCACCUGAAGAUCGGCGAAGGCGGCUUCGGCUGCGUCUACCAGGCCCGGCUUCGCAAUACCGAAUACGCUGUCAAACGGCUCAAGGAGGAAGCAGAGCUGGACUGGACAGUGAUAAAGGACAGCUUUGUCACCGAGGUGGAGAAACUCUCACGGUUCCGCCACCCGAACAUUGUCGAGUUUGCGGGUUACUGUGCCGAAGGAGGCAACUUCUGCCUUGUCUACGUCUUCCUCCCCAAGGGCUCCUUGGAGGACCACUUGCACGGGCAGGCUGGCCUCUGCCUUUCCUGGGCCCAGCGGCUCCGCGUGGCGGUGGGGACGGCCAGAGCCAUUCAGUUCCUGCACAGCGAUUCCCCUAGCCUCAUCCAUGGGGACGUCAAGAGCUCUAACAUACUCCUGGACGCGGCGCUCAACCCUCGGCUGGCCGACUUUGGACUGGCCCGAUUCAGCCGCCGUCCAAAGCCGGGACAACACAGCAGCUCGCUGGGCCGGACCCAGACGGUACGGGGCACGCUGGCCUACCUGCCCUCCGAGUACAUCCAGACCGGGACGCUUUCUACGGCCAUCGACGUCUUCAGCUUUGGCGUGGCCCUGCGGGAGAACCACCGCAGCCUCGGGCAGGAUCAGCAGAGGGCUCAGCUCCUACCCCCUCCCGCCUGUUCCCCGCAGGUCUACGAAGAACUGGAGCAGCUGCAGCUGUCCCUGUACAGGGAAGAGGGUUCCCCUUUGCCGCCGGCAGGACCGCCCUGUGGCCCCCAGGAGAGCUCCUACCCCUCCCGGCCUCUCAACCAGCCCGAGGAGAGUGACGAAAGCCUGGACUCGGACUUGCGGAGCUGCGGAGCCCCGUCCUGGGAGAGAGCGGUGCUGUACCCCCCAGGCGCCGCUGCCCCUCAGAUCGUCAUCAACCCGGCACGGAGGCGCAUGAUGGAGCGGCUGGCACUCUACGCUGACGGGGCCCUCGACAGCAUGGCUAUACUUGCCUCUCUCUCCGUGGGGGAAGAGCACACUGCAGGGACCUCUCGUGAGCCCGAAGAGAGCGACGAGUUCGAGGUCUGAAGCAGACGCACAGAAAUUGAAGGAAUAAAGUUCUCAUGGCGCUGGUGGCACUUUCCUGACUCCGGAGACCCCAUCCCUCUUUUCGGCGUCGUGCGUAGGCAUCGCUUAGCAGGCACCGUUGGCACACCCCUGUUCCCGGUGGGAUUUCUGAUCCAAUCGGCGGUGCAGCCAAGACCGGCUGACAGGCUCCUUUGGUCAGGGGUAAAAAGUCAAGACUGGAUUCUCCUGGGGAGAGGGCGGUCGUGGUGUUCGAAUUUUCUUAGAUUCUUGUAACCUUACAGCCUUCUUCACGCAGUCUCCUCACUACAUAUGGCUCUUUCAUG